UCGGCAUAAGAAAGCUUCAUUACAAUAGUGAUUCUUGGAGGAGACAGGCGGAUUACUUUGGCAUUUUUCUACGUUCCUAAUUUUAUUGCCACACAAUAUUAACUAUGGCAGAUACGAAAGUUGAUUCCGCGACAGAGAUCUCCGCAAAGGACCUGAAGGAAAAGAAGCUUAUUGAGGAAAAGGAAAAUGGAAAGGAGACAACUAAUGGAAAGGAAAAUGAAGAGAAUGGAGAGCCAGAAAUUGAUGAUGAGGAGGAAGAUGAAGUAGAUGAGGAAGACGAAGAGGAAGGAGAAGGUGAUGAGGAUGAGGACGAUGAGGAAGAUGAGGAUGAGCUAGGUGGAGGAACAAAACGAGCUGCAGAGGAUGAUGACGAAGAUGAUGAGGACGAUGUUGACCCCAAGAAGCAGAAGACGGAAGAUGAUGAUUAAAGGAGGAUUUCAUACUGCUGAGCAGGUGUAGAUGCCUCUGCUUUAACGCAACCGUUUAAGCCAGUGGCAUACAGGACUCAAAUACAUAAAACAUGGUCAUUUUCAAGUUUGUCAACCAACUGACCCCAAUUCAAAAUUUUCUAGAGGACCGACCACAACCCAGAUUUGCAAUGAAAUACACAAGACAAGGAUUUGUUUGUAUUUUUAUUUACAUUUUAUAUUUUUGUACAUAUUGUGAAGAGAUCAGUCACUUUAUCAUGAUCUCCUGUGACCAAAACGGUGCUUCUUUAUGAAAUUUUACUUGUCUGACCAUGUCUCGAUGUUUCAACAUAAGACAACAUGUAAAGAUUUACAGCCAUUGAACUUUUGAGCAUUCCAGUAAAUUUUAUGUAUGAUCUUUAGUUGUACCAUAACUAGUUGUACCAUCAACUAGUUUUGUAUGGGAGGGAUAGGCCAAAGAAAAGGAGUUUUGGAUUCUUUUAUUUUCUUUUGUCUACAUUAUUUGUUUUACCUUGGCCUGUUUGUUGUAUGUGUGAAGUUUGUUGUUCAACAAUAAACUUUUAUUUUGUGAGUGAUA